UUGUUUAUUUAGAUAAUUGUUAUAAAGUUUACGAAAAAAAAAAAGUUAAAUCAUAAUACUUUACUGUUUCUUUUAAAUGCGAUUUAUUAAUCUAAAUUUAUGAAUCACAGUUUAGGAUUAAAAUCUCAUUACUGAAGAUUUGUAACUUGCUUUCUAAGAAAAAAAUAAACAUAUAAUUAAAUUAAAGAGUAAUUAAAAUAAAGCUGGAGAAAGAAGAGAAAAAAAAACCCUCCAAUUUCAGCCCACCACAAGGCGCGGAAUUAAGUCUAGAUUCACAGGAAUCAUCGACAAAUUAUUCAAGGCGAUAAGGCGUUUCUCCCUUGCCAAAACGACGUCGCUGUCACCGGCAUCGUUGGAAUCUACUACAGUGGUAUUUAAAAAGAAAGCUAACGGUCACAUUUUUAUUAAUAACGAAGGAGCCAUCCCCGUUACCUGCCGACAACCCUGAACUCCCUCACCGCCACACACAACUUUCCAUUUUCCCACGUCUCCCUCCAAAUAUCCCAAAAUUAUUUGUAAAUAUUCAGUAUAUAUAUUUCUGAAUUUCUUCCAAACCAAUUUCCCUUUUCGUUUAAUUUGAAAAUUUGGGAGAGUGGAUUUUAUGAUUUUACGAGAUAUGCAAGCCAACCCACUGCAAUGGAAGGCCUCGCCGGGACUCGGUGUCGGGCUUGAAACGACGUCUUCGUCGCCGUUACCGUCGUUUUCGCAGCUGUCGUUGGGGAACUUGUCCGGUGGCACUUCUGUAAAUAGCUUGAAAACCAGGGGUUUGUUUCUAGUGAAGGCUAUGGAGGGCUCCAGGACGGCGAGCUUGAAUGGGCACGCUGGGAAUGCAGAUAAAAAUGCGAGCUUGCUGUCUUCGGUUGGAAAUUCAACCAACAUUCAGUGGCAUGAGUGUUCAUUGAACAAAAAUGACAGGCAAAAGUUACUUAAACAAAAAGGGUGCGUGAUAUGGAUCACUGGUCUCAGCGGCUCAGGGAAGAGCACUGUGGCUUGUGCUUUGGGUGGGAGUUUGUACCGCAGGGGAAAGCUGUCAUACAUUCUUGAUGGGGACAAUGUCAGGCAUGGCUUGAACCGUGACCUUAGUUUUAAAGCAGAAGAUCGUGCAGAGAACAUUCGGAGGAUUGGGGAGGUGGCGAAAUUGUUUGCAGAUGCUGGAGUUAUCUGUAUUGCUAGCCUGAUUUCUCCUUACAGAAGGGAUCGCGAUGCCUGUCGUGCAAUGCUACCUGCUGGAGAUUUUAUUGAGGUGUUCAUGGACGUUCCACUCCAAGUUUGUGAGGCUAGAGACUCGAAGGGCCUAUAUAAGCUUGCACGUGCAGGCAAGAUCAAAGGUUUUACUGGGAUUGAUGAUCCAUAUGAGCCACCAUUAAAUUGUGAGAUAGUAUUAACACAUGAAGGAGAAGUGUGUGCUUCCCCAUGUGAGAUGGCCGAAGAAGUGAUUUCUUACUUGGAAGAUAAGGGGUUCCUCGAGGCAUAGGAAGUCGGAACCCUUGCCGGAACCAUCAAAACUUUGAGCUGUACCACAAAUGCAGUGCAGAUAGCUUUUGGUGCCCGAAGUGGAUACUAUGCAUGCUUUACCAGAUAAGAGACAACAGAUGCAAAAGUCACCUGCUCUGAUAACAAGCUGUGAUUUUGCCUUGUCCAACAGGAGAGAACUGAGGCAAUAUUCACCUACUGAAAAGCAUUAGUUAAUUGAUUGAUUAAUUUAUGCCACAUAUUUCUAUUUCGUCUUCAUUCUUCUUCUUCUAGCAAGUAGCUCUGUACUUAUUUGAUGUUGUUUUGAACUGUGCUCUCAUUGUAAAUAGAGAAGUGGAGAAUUGGUAGGUCAGAUUCUUUCAUGGCU